AUGGCGGCCAAGGAUAAUGUUCUCUUUUCAGAUAUCUUUGACAUCAAGGAUGUUGAUGGUGCUGGCAGGAAGUUCGACAAGGUCUCUCGCAUUAACGCCCGUAGUGAGAAUUAUGAAAUGGAGUUGACACUGGAUAUCAACAACGAGCUUUAUCCUCUGGAGAUUGGCGAAAAAUUCUCGCUUGUCUUGGCUACAUCUUUAUCUCUCACCACUGCUGUUGGAAAUGAUACCACAGGAACACAAGAGAGUUGGCGUGAGAAGGUCGGAGGCGAAAGAACCUUGGCAGAUGAUUAUGAAUAUGUCAUGUAUGGCAAGGUUUACAAGUAUGAUGAAGGCCAGGGAAGUAAAGUCUCUGUUUAUAUUUCAUAUGGAGGUCUGUUGAUGUGCUUGGAGGGAGAUUUUAGGCACUUACAGAACAUUAGCUUGGGUGAGAAUCUGUACCUAUUAAUGCGCAAGUAG